AUGGACUUCGAUGCGUUUGAUCAGGUGGAUCCAUUUUACAUGGCUCUAUUGCGCUCGCGCCAAAGAAGAUUUACUGACUGUAUCGACAUAUGCACUGACAUCUUGGCUAAAAAUCCGUACGAUCAAGCAGCUUGGGUAACCAAGACGAAGGCUAUGACAAUGCAAAACUUUAUCGACGAUUCGGAGCUAGAAGAAGAUGGUGCUGCGGAUCUUCUCAUGGACGACAAUGUUAUGGCAUCCAUGCCUCGUCCUGGCACGUCAUUAAAUCGUCCAAAUUCGCGGGCAGGCCUAGGGAAUCCGAGUCUGCGGCCCAUGACAUCCACCGGACGUCCACUUAGUGGGUAUGCAAGACCCGGAACGAGUUCAAGACCAGGAACGGGAAACAUUUCGGUUGAUCAAGCGCUGCAGGGCAAUCGACCGGGUACUUCACGUCCUGCAACAACGUUAGGACGACAAGUGCGACUUGGCACAGCGUCGAUGCAGGCAACCGACUCGGGGGUCUUUAUCGAUGUAAACCGUCUCGAUCUUAAGCGGUACGCGAAACGGCCUGCCAUUGCAAAGGCACUUGUAGACUAUUUGCUCUACUGUGAACACAAUCCACGGAAAGCACUUGAAUUGGCUGCAGAAGCAACAGUAGCUGCCGACUACAAGGACUGGUGGUGGAAGGCAAGGCUUGGUAAAUGUUACUAUCAGCUAGGACUAUUCCGUGACGCAGAAAAGCAAUUUGAAUCAUCGCUACGGAACCAAGAUAUGAUUAUAACAUUUCUGGAGCUUGGUAAGGUGUAUCUACGACUCGAUCAGCCAAACACAGCCCUCGAUAGGUAUGAAAAGGGUAAGGCCAAAUUUUUGGGAGAUACGCAACUCCUUGUGAGCAUUGCGCGUGUUCAUGACAUGCUGAACGACGUGGAGAAGAGUGUGAGCGUUUAUAAAGAAGUGUUACAAUUGGAUGCAUCGAAUGUUGAAGCCAUCGCAUGCUUGGCAUCCAAUUACUUUUAUACUGAUCACCCAGAAGUUGCACUGCGCUACUACCGGCGUUUGCUGCAGAUGGGUGUCAAUACGACAGAGCUUUGGUGUAACAUCGGUCUUUGCUGUUUCUACGCGUCACAAUAUGAUAUCACACUCUCGUGUUUUGAUCGAGCUCUUUCACUUGCAUCGGACGACUGCAUGGCUGACGUUUGGUACAACAUUGGCCAAGUUGCUAUCGGUAUCGGAGAUCUUGGUUUAGCGUACCAGGCAUUUAAGAUCGCUGUUUCGAUAGACAGCAAUCACGCCGAGUCGUACAAUAAUCUUGGCGUACUUGAAUUGCGCAAGGGCAAUAUGGACCAGGCACAUGCCAAUUUUCAACUAUCCGAAUCUCUUGCAGACUUCAUCUUUGAGCCGAGCUACAAUCGCGCUUUGCUUGCUUAUAAGGUGGGCGACUUCCACGACUCAUUUACCAAGGUCAAUCGUGCACUUACAUUGAAUCCGGCACACAAUGACUCGCUGGAGCUGAAAAAACAGCUUCAGGAAUUUCUCACAAUGCUUUAG